AUGUCUUCAUGGAAGGUUCCUGCUCCUCCUGAGCUAGGUCUAUCAGCUCCUCCGGGGAUUGGCCGCCCUGCUCCUCGGGGGCGUGGCCGCUCUGUUCCUCGGGGGCGUGGCCGCCCUGCUCCUCGGGGGCGUGGCCGCUCUGUUCCUCGGGGGCGUGGCCGCCCUGCUCCUCGGGGGCGUGGCCGCUCUGUUCCUCGGGGGCGUGGCCGCUCUGCUCCUCCGGGGCUAGGCCGAUUUGCCUCUCUGGGGCUUGAUCGCCGGGCUCCUCGGGGGCGUGGCCGCCCUGCUCCUCGGGGGCUUGGCCGAUUUGUCCCUCGGGGGCGUGGCCGCUCUGCUCCUCCGGGGCUAGGCCGAUUUGCCUCUCUGGGGCUUGAUCGCCGGGCUCCUCGGGGGCGUGGCCGCCCUGCUCCUCGGGGGCUUGGCCGAUUUGUCCCUCGGGGGCGUGGCCUCUCUGCUCCUCGGGGGCUAGGCCGAUUUGUCCCUCUGGGGCGUGGCCACUCUGCUCCUCCGGGGCUAGGCCGCUCUGCUCCUCGGGGGCUAGGCCAAUUUGCCCCUCUGGGGCUUGAUCGCCCUGCUCCUCGGGGGCGUGGCCACCCUGCUCCUCGGGGGCUUGGCCGAUUUGUCCCUCGGGGGCGUGGCCGCUCUGCUCCUCGGGGGCGUGGCUGCUCUGCUCCUCGGGGGCUAGGCCGAUUUGUCCCUCUGGGGCGUGGCCACUCUGCUCCUCCGGGGCUAGGCCGCUCUGCUUCUCCGGGGCUAGGCCAAUUUGCCCCUCUGGGGCUUGAUCGCCCUGCUCCUCGGGGGCGUGGCCACCCUGCUCCUCGGGGGCUUGGCCGAUUUGUCCCUCGGGGGCGUGGCCGCUCUGCUCCUCGGGGGCGUGGCUGCUCUGCUCCUCGGGGGCUAGGCCGAUUUGUCCCUCUGGGGCUUGGCCACUCUGCUCCUCCGGGGCUAGGCCGCUCUGCUCCUCCGGGGCUAGGCCAAUUUGCCCCUCUGGGGCUUGAUCGCCCUGCUCCUCGGGGGUGUGGCCACCCUGCUCCUCGGGGGCUUGGCCGAUUUGUCCCUCGGGGGCGUGGCCGCUCUGCUCCUCCAGGGCUAGGCCGAUUUGUCCCUCUGGGGCUUGGCCGCUCUGCUCCUCGGGAGCUUGGGUUAACGAGGACCCCAGAGGAUCCAGCUCGAACACCUAGCUGGCUCGUCUAGCUCCAGCUAAGAAGGGAACGAGGAGAGCUCGAGCCGGUGUGGAGCUUGGGGGAGGGGGCAAGGCCUCUGAGGCCCCGGCCGGCGCUCAGCCCGGCCUCUUUCUGGGGGGUGGGGCAACCGCGUGACUCCUCCCAUAGGCUGCGAGGUUUCCGCUCCCUACACCUCUACCACUUCCCGACCUCAAUGAGUUUCCAGGCCCGCCCUUCUAACCUUUCUUAGCUCGGAUUGGGUAGAAGCACCAAGAAGUCACACUGAAGGAAUGAAAAUGGCCGAGCCUCAUUCUGAGGCCAAUCAAAUACCCUCAGAUCACUUCUUCCUGGGCUUCUGAUAUACUGUUGACUACUUGGGAGGCAGUGGCUCAGGAGACUAAAACUCAGCAUUCAAGGAAGGCAGGACUGGCAGAAGGUUGGAGGCAUCAAUAGGAGGAACAAGGAUCUGGCUGACUGAAGUGUUUCUCUCAUCACCUGCAAGGCCAUUACCCUAAUGUUCCAGGCCCAGGUCUAUCACAAGGAGAGAGUUCAAAAGAAAUAUCAGUAAGACGCCAGCUUUUUAAAAAAAAAGAGAUGCGUUUAUUCCAUGAUCAGUACAGACCAAAUGCAUAUUCACCGUAUUAAAGUCAAACCAGUUAAUUACUCCAGAGUUUGGCCAACACUGAGGCACCAGUAUUGUACUGUAUAGUGGGUACUCAUGGCACAUAACCUUGUGAACAGUUCAAAUUAUAAAAUUAAAAAAAAAAGAG